UUAACUAGAAAAAAAAAACGUACUGUGUGCAUCAAGAAUAAUACAGGUCGUGGUAGUAAAGUGUCGAAGAAAAAGAGCUAACGAAAGAGCAACAAAGACGUGAAAAAAAAAAGAAAUUCUUCGCAAACGGUCGUGAACUUUGGAGGUACAGAAACACAACCAACUUAGGCGUCCUCAGACGUGUUCAACCAUUAGUGGACGCAUUACAUUCGAGUUGUUCAGUUGCUCUUCUACGAUCGACAACCGUUCGGAAUAAAAGAUGCCCAACAUAAAGCUGCAGAGUUCAGAUGGUGAGGUAUUCGAGGUUGAUGUUGAAAUCGCAAAAUGUUCAGUCACUAUAAAGACCAUGUUGGAAGAUCUUGGUAUGGAUGAGGAAGAGGAGGAAGUUGUGCCCUUGCCGAAUGUUAAUUCAGCGAUAUUAAGAAAAGUUAUACAGUGGGCUACAUAUCACAAGGAUGAUCCACCACCACCAGAAGAUGAUGAAAACAAAGAGAAGAGAACUGAUGAUAUCAGUUCUUGGGAUGCUGACUUCUUAAAGGUGGAUCAAGGAACUCUCUUUGAACUGAUUUUGGCUGCUAAUUAUCUCGACAUCAAGGGACUUUUGGAUGUCACAUGCAAAACUGUUGCUAAUAUGAUCAAAGGUAAGACGCCUGAAGAGAUUCGUAAAACGUUCAACAUCAAGAAUGAUUUUACUGCCUCAGAGGAAGAACAAGUACGCAAGGAAAAUGAGUGGUGUGAGGAAAAGUAGAUCUAAUUGCGAAUUAUAAAUCGUGCAAAUCUUUUAAAUGUUAAGUAAUAUGUCAAUAUGUUACUAGAAUUCAAACUUAUCAACUCGGUUACUUCAAUAGUUUCUCUUCAAGGAUGAAUUUCUUUGAUAGUAUGAAACCCUAAUAACAAAAUCAAAUAAUGUUAUGCAAAGAACUGGUACCUUAUAUCGCAUAGGUCUAAUCACCAUUAUUUAUUUCAACUGAAUGAAGAUAGAAUAAUAAUUAUGGAUAAUUUGUCAAAUAUAUGCUUGUACACACUUAUAUAAACGUCACCACGUAACGUAGAACAAUGUAAAAUUUCUCAAUAUUACUAUAUAAUGUGCAUUGAA